AUGGGGAAUUUUGGAUGUGGUGAUGAAGUUUGGACAACUGUCAAGAAGAUUGAUGGCAAUAAGCCGCUCCAGGGCCACCUUCAAAUUAACGGCAGUAGUGGUUUGAAGCGGGGAAUUGCAGUGAACGGCUGUCAAAGUAAGGUAUCCUAUGGCAACUUUGCAGUCGACAAAUUCCAUCGUCUUCAGGUAGCAUCAAAUUCACUGACUGCUGUUAGUAACUACAAAGAGUGCGCUUUGAUCUGUGUGAAUGAUCCGAAUUGUUCAUCAUUUAACGUUGCUUCUUCUCCGCGGUUGGAUGGUAAAUUUCUCUGCGAGUCGCUAAAUAAAGACAAGUAUACUGCAAGUCCUGAAGAGCUAGUGAACUCACAAGGAUAUCACUACUACAGCAUAAAGACAUCAUGCUCAAGCUUUCCGUGUCAAAACGAUGCAACUUGUGUUCCGGAUUACGUUACCAACCAAUAUCACUGUAGCUGUGCUCCAGGUUACGCAGGAAACUUCUGCGAAAUAGCUCUGAAGUCAUGCAACCAAGUCUACAACACGAUUAGCUCAUCAAGUCAGCUUAGAACACUGAUCAUUGAUGGACAGCAAACUGCCGUUUACUGUCAUAUGGGAAAUUUUGGAUGUGGGAAUGGCGGAUGGACUACUGUCAUGAAGGUUGAUGGCACUAAGAGUACUUUCAACAACAACGCUAACUACUGGACAAAUAAAGAUCCUUACAACCUUGUUGGAGGACAAACGGGAUUCGACUCACAAGAAACCAAGCUACCAACCUAUUGGGAUACACCUUUUACCAAGAUCUGUCUCGGUAUGAAGAUAGGCUCUCAGAAAAGAUUUACUUUGAUCAACAAGCAAGCCAGUUCGUUUCACUCGCUCAUCGCUCAAGGACAAUACCACGCCACCUCAAUCGGACGUAACACCUGGAAAUGGUUAAUUGGUUCGCAAUCUUCUAUGCAGCAUUCUUGCAACAAAGAAGGUUUUAAUGUUGCUGCUGGCGAGAAUAAUGAGCAAAAAAUUCGAAUUGGUAUUUUUGCUAACCAGGAGGAUGACUGCGCAACGCCAGACUCUAAGAUAGGCUUCGGUAUGGGGGGAAGUUCUAGCACUAACACAUGUGGAAACGUAGCCAACGGUAAAUUUAGCCCGGAUAAUGGUGACAAAAACAUUAGAGCCAUAGGAUAUAUCCUAGUACAGUAA